AUGGGCACAAUGGAUAUGCGUCGGAAUCAACCAAGAGAUUUGCUACUCCGCCGAUCGGUUUCAUCCUCUAGCAUUUUGAAAACGGCAAACAAAAUGAACCGAGCACAAAGGAACCAGCACGCGUUCACGGAGGUUCAAUCUCAUCCCCGCAACAGCGUUAGGAAUCUUCUUCAGGCAAUGCCUCCACCUCCCUUGUUGGAAGAUUCGGAACGUGUCAAUCACAACGACAACGAUUGCGAUAACGACAAUGGUGUCAUGGAAACCAGCACACGGGAGCAGCUACUACUAUCACAAGAAUCAUCAUCCAGACGGGUUUCCUUCUCUUCGUCCAAGUCCAAAUGUGUUUACAUUGAACCACCGACUCCUUCUCAAAAGAACGCCUUGUUUUACUCCAAAGAAGAUUACAAGCGAAUCUACAAUGAGAACAUUGAUACCAUCAAGACGAUGGAGGCAGAGAAAAAGUAUCCUGCUUCGGAAACGCAUUACUACCGGGGUUUGUUGGUGUCACGAGCACGAUACGAACGGGAACAACGCAUCAAAUUUGUAGUGUCCAAGGUCCUUCAAGAGCAGGAAAAGAAAAAGACUCUUUGUGAGGAGUGGAUCAAGGAGUUUUCUCAACAUUUCUCGUCUCAAACCACCAUUGCGGCCCUCUACUUGGGAAAGAUUGAUGCUAUGGCUGCUGGAGUUUCUUCUUCUCCUUUAGCUACUGCUGAUGCUGCUACACGAGGGUCUUCAACAACAGCAAGAACUGGCCUGAGCCAGUCUCUGCAUGCACCAAAAAGGGCUCCCAGACGAGCUUCGUCUGAUCCUUCCAUGACAGACAUCAGCCGGUCGCUUCAUACACCAAAGGGUGCUUCCAGACGAAUGACCUAUGUUGGAUAG